GAGCAAUCGUAAUCAGUGAGUUGCGAUUGUACCGCUUUGGCUGUGGACGACGAAGCAGUACGGAGGAAGUACGUAACGGAUUACAUCCACCAGACGAAAUGGAAAACAUCGACAGUAUGGAUACGCUUUGCCGUAUCUGCUCGUCUCCUGGAUCGCACAGUAUUUUCAGUCGCAUACCAGCCUACUGCCACGCACACUACCGGGAGUAUGCACGCUGGAAGCAGCCAAUUUCUAUACUGAUCGCGGAAAUUACUGGCGUUGCGAUAACGGAAAACGAUGGCUUGCCGAAGCGAAUUUGCGUCGUAUGCAUUUCGUACCUCAAGCACGCGUACACGUUCCGCCGCCAAGCGCUCGACAAUUUCGCAGGGCUGCUGACGGCUAAAUACCUAUCGAAUAACCGACCGGAAAGCAAGAAGACGGAGGCAGAUGGCGAACGUACAAUAGAGCGCAAUGAAAUCAUAUCUACCGUAGAAGGAACCACGUACCGGUCGGUAAAUCUUACCAACGCGGCAAACGCACGCGGUGUCGCGAAACAGACAACAAAGAAGCCAGCCAUCAUGCAUCGAUUUGUGGCAAAACCGCCGAAUAAUAACGUGGAGGAAGAUGUGGACAACCUGUUUGGCGAUAUGGACGAACCCAGCAGUGGAUUGUUCGGUUACCGGGAGAAGGAAUUUAUCGAAGACGAUGUGAUGGAUCUGGACGGAUUGCAGGAGCACGGCGUGACGUUUGCGCUGCCGGAAGAUUACAAGGAAAAGAAAUGUUUCGCGUGUCGGAAGCGAUUCAUGUUUUCGGAAACGUAUGCCGAACAUUUGACCGAGUGUUUGCUGUACAAGCUUACCGAGGCGAUACGUACGCUGUACCACAUAAUGUUCCUGCGCGAGCAAAGUGCAAUUUCGGCCUUCGAGUUUAUCCGACGUGCUGUGUUUACGGUGCGCAAGUGCUACCGGUUGGUGCUGUCGUACGAUGGUGAGCUGGACGAGGAUGACGGUGUUGGAGAACCGGGAGACGGGACGGAAGGUGGCGUGGCAGAAUCUGCCAUGGAUGGAAAGCCACCUUACGAACGGAUUGAACUUGAUUCUCUUAGCGACAGUGGUUCGUCUGGAUCGCCUAAAGUCAAGCCGCCACUAUCGAAUCCAUAUCUUUUCAGAUCCGCCAUGAAUAAUAAUCUGUCGGUUGGGAGUAUGAUUGGCCAACAUCCCAUCAUACUGCGCCCACCGGAUGCAUUCGCAUCACACUCCAAUGUAGAUAUUAUAAAGAACCGGCUCACCAAAACGGGCCCGGAAGAGGUUAACGAAAGCAACGUGAACGAUCGUAACAAAACAAUCAAAUGUAAGCAGUGUGAGGCACGAUUCUUCACCAUUUCCCAUCUGGACGAACACACCAUAAAGGUACAUCAGCGACGCGUCGGCAAUAAUCAAUUUGGUUGUUAAUUCCGACGGGACUAGGACGAAAUAAGCGUCAGAGCAACAAGUGUCAGCGGAUCAUAGGAAUUGAUGGAAGAGUAUAGACAAUGUUUCUCAUUCUCGGUGGCAUUGUUUUUAUAAACACUUGCCACCACAAGAACAUUUAGGAAAUGGUUGGAAUUUAGCCCGGAAAUGUGUACUGUAUGUUACUAAUUUAUUCCUUUUAAUGGGAGGAAUGUGAUGCUGCCAACUAGUGGGUAUCAGGUAUUUCUCUGUGACAAAGAACACACACUUGACUGACUGAUCUAAUACUGGAUUACUUAAAACCGCACAAAUCGCAGGAUGGUACAUCGUAACAUCGUUACCCCCCGUGUAUCGGUUUUUAGGCGUUAUAAACCAUUCUACUCAAACAACAAGCCUUGUGAUAUCUGUUUGAAGUUUAGCAGGAGUAAUUUUGUGCGUUUUCUUUUAUCAAAAUCAUUACAUCGCUUAGUUUUAUUUUUUGUUACAAAGCGCGUCCUAAAUGGCGUUGAAACCUCUUAUAUGUUUACAUAACAUUACGGCAGUUUUACGAGGAUUUUUUUUGUUAAAGAUACUUUUACUACUUUAGUAAAUUAUCACCAAAAAAAAAAAACAAAAACACACACACAAAUAACCGAUGAAAUAUAAUAAAGCGACAAGGUUCGUUCGUAGAAAAUAAAUACAAACGGAAGAGAAACUUAUAAAAGAUGAUAAUCAUUCUCUCUGUAAAACAAUCGAUCAGGAAGAUGAACUACCAUUCAGCAUGUUCGUGCACUCAUAGUGAUGGUUGUAAGAACAUUAUAUUGUUAAGAAGAAAGUAUUUAUAGUGGUUUACAAUAAAAAACAAACA